CUCGAGCGCCGCCUUCAGGGAUUAAAGUGAGUUUCCUUACAAACCUGCAGCCGAGAUCCUCUCUCUGACACACCAAGCUGUGGAGCAGAGGACAUGGCGAAGUUCCUCAGUCAAGAUCAAAUCAACGAGUAUAAAGAGUGCUUCUCGCUGCACGACCAGAAGCGCAGGGGGAAAGUGAAGGCGCGGGAUCUGCUAAAGGUCAUGAGGUCACUGGGCUGCUGUCCGACCCUGCAGGAGCUCGACAGACACCUGCUGAGAAAUCACAUCGAUAAGAGCGGCGAGUUGGACUUCUCCACGUUUCUCGGCGUAAUGCACGCUCAGAUCCAGCAGGAGAACCCGAGGGCCGAGAUCCUGCAGGCCGCGAGGAGGAUGGACACGAGCAAACGAGGCUUCGUCACGGCGUCCGAGCUCAGGGCCAGGCUCACAGGCUUUGGAGAGUGUCUCACAGAUCAGGAAGUGGACGAGCUGCUGAGAGAAGCUGGGGUGACCGGUGACGGACAAGUAAACGACGAGGCUUUCUCAAAGAUGGUGACCUUCCUGACCCGCGACGAAUCGGCUGUGGCUCCAGCUGCCUCUAAAUCCUCCUAAAAUGGCAGAGAACUACAGGAGCAGCGAUGAAACACCUGCCAGGACGCUUCAAUCAUUAACUAACGAGCGUGGGAUUGUUUCCGAAGCCACCACAUGCAUGCUUUUUUUUUAUAACAGCUGGCUUAACGUUGGCUUUCUAGAGCUUUCAGACUGUUCGUUAAUGCAUUUUGUAACACCACUGCGUUCCCAUCGGGCUCGCAGUGCCCUCGUGUGUUUAUGCAGAGAAUGUUAUUUUAUUUACACCCUUCUUAGAAAUGCAUUCAGUCUCCUUUCAACCUAAAAACAAUAAAGGUGCACGUGGAUCACUAAAUGCCCUCUCUCUGUAAAAACGUGCUUAAACUAUUUAUUAUAAGCUAUAAAAAGCAAGGAGCGAAAGCGAAAUGUUGUUUUGUGAGCAUCACAGAGCUCAUAAAUUCCCUUGUUGUCGUGUUAUUGUUUGCAUGGAUUUAUGCCUCUGUGUCGAGAUAAUAAACUGUUGGGGUAGACUCACUCCCUAA